AUGCAAUUUGAUGGAAGUUCCUCAUCUUUCGGCUCAGGUGUAGGGGUGGUGCUGAUUUCCCCUUCAGAUGAAAAAUUUCCUAAAGCUUAUAAACUUGAAUUUGACACUACAAAUAAUACUAUAGAGUAUGAGGCUCUCCUUUUAGGGUUGGAGUUUGCUAAGGAGAAAGGUAUCAAGAAGUUGCAGGUCACAGGAGAUGUUGAGUUGAUAGUGAAUCAAGUAAAGAUUAAAUACUUGAGCAAGAACAAGAGGCUAAGAUCGUAUCGAAAUAAAGUGUGGGAUGAGAUUGAAGGUUUUGUUUCUUUUUCCAUACAAGCCAUUCCAAGAGAGAAAAGUACAAAGAUAGAUUCUCUUGUUGUCUUGGCUUCAUUGUUACUUCCUCAUCCUGAAUUUGAUAGGAGUGUCUAUGUUGUAGAGAUGAUCAAUCGACCUAGUGUGCCAGACAAUAAUCAGAAUUGGCAAGUCUUCGAUGAUGAUAAACAUAUCAUUUCAUUCUUGGAAGGGAGGGAAAAAUUUUCCAAUUUGUCUUUUGAUGGGAACUCACCUUCGACUAGUCAAAAAACUACUAAAGAAGAGGAGAAGGAGCCUGAAAUUUUGCAGGUUAAAGGUAAUACCAUUCCCAAAGGCUUGCUGUCUCUCAAGAGUUUGUUUAAUAAACAUGAUCAAUUUAUGAAGAAGAAAAGUGAACACAAGUCCUCAGGAUCUUCAGAAGUUGAGAAGAUAGACAUAGGUUUUGAAAAUGAUCCCAAAGUGGUUUUGCUUGGGAAAUGCCUUACACAAAAGGAGAGAAAGGAGAUUGGAUUGAGCAAGAGAGCUUCUUGGAUUGUAAAGGUUCAGGAAUAUGAUAUUGAUAUCAAACCUACCAAGCUUGUUCGAGGCACCAUAGACGAAUGGUUCACCAAUAUAGCCUACUUUCUCACAUAUGGAGAAUGUCUGGCUUACCUCACCUCUAAAGAGAAACGAGCUGUCAAGUUGAAGGCAGCUAAGUAUAUUAUCUGGGGUGAUGUCUUGUAUAAAAAGGGAAUCGAUGGUACUUUCCUCAGAUGUGUGGAUAAAGAGAAAAGAGAAAAGCUUCUUAAGUUCUUUCAAAAUGAAGCAUGUGGAGGGCAUUUUUCUUCCUCAGUAAUGACAUACAAGAUGCUAAGAAAUUGUUACUAUUGGCCUGGGAUAAUCAAGGAUGCUGACGAGUGGGUGAAGAAAUGUGACACAUGUCAGCAAUUUAAAGGAAAGGUACAACUUCCUGCUUUGCUAUUAAAGCCAGUAAUCAUAGAGGAGCCUUUUCAACAAUGGGGUUUGGAUUUCAUCGGUCCUAUUCAUCCACACUCUAGUGCAAAUCACACCUAUAUCUUGUUAGAUAUGGAUUAUUUUUCUAAGUGGGUCGAGGUUGCUCUAGUGAAACAAACAACAUCAGAGGUAGUCUGUGACUUCAUCAAGAAAAACCUCUUAGUAAGAUAUGGAGUACCACAUAAUAUUGUCACCGACAAUGCUACCAAUUUCUCUUCCCAUGAGAUAUCAGCUUUUUGUUAUAAAUAUGGAAUUAUUCUCUCUCAUGCAUCUGACUAUUACCCACAAGGGAAUGGUCAAGCUAAGGCCAGUAAUAAGAAUAUUAUUACCAUUCUUCAGAAGCUAGUUGAUGAAAAUCAAAGGACAUGGCACAAACAUUUGUAUGAGGCAUUAUGGGCUGAUCACACCACGAAGAAAAGAGCUAUUAGGUUAUCUCCUUUUGAAAUAGUUUAUGGAACAAAAGCAAAGUUGCCUAUUCCUUUGGAGUUAUCUUUUCUCAAAUUGCAGGACGUUUUGGAGAAUUAUGAAUUCAAAGAUGCCUUAUAA